AUGGCAUCUCAGAUCAAUGAUAAAGGUUCUGCGCAUGCACUUGCCGAAAUGAAUCGUGCAAUUCCUGAAUUGAAGCGUGUAAUUGCUCGUGAUGAGCGUCUUAUCACUUAUAUCAAGGCUUCCCUGGAAUACAAAGAGGCUGCUAUAUCUCACUGGGAAGUAGUCAUGGCUCAAGAUGAGGCUACCGAUAGCACCGAGACCACGCGCAGCCAUGCUGAGCUUCAACGCAACAUUUCCGAGGCUAUACGCAAGGCUGCCGAAGCUAAACGUCUCCAUGAAGUGGCAGUAGCAAACUAUCGACUUACCGACGGCAUCCAUAUAACUUCUGUUGCCCAAGACUCGGAUCAUGUUGCUCAAAAAGAGACAGAGAGUUCGGCCGUUGAAACCAUAUUCAAACAUUGUCGUGGCCAUGGCCGAUCUCUCGCUAAGCAAGGAAGUACGUGGCUCACACUUGGGCUCGCCAAGUUUGUUAUCCACUACCUAGAGCAAAGGCGUCAAGGAAUCAAUGCCCUCGAUGGUAUCGUGGAUUUUAGCGAAGAAGGUGCAGCUAGUUUGCAAAGGCUGAUUCACAACAUCCAAUGCGUAUUUGCUACACAUAAGGCUGAAGUUGUCUUUGCCAGUAUGUCAAGUGAACAGGGAGACUUGACAGAAGAUGAGAAGUGGCUAUUCCACCUCCACCUGUUGAAAGCCUACCUGCCACGGCUGUCUGCAUUCCAUUACACGGCCAGUGGAAGCCUUGCCUCUAUGUACUACCGAUCCAUGGCUCCCUGCGAGGUGCGCUCAAAUGAGUAUACGCUGCUGUCGCUCAUGGACACCACGUCGCUAAUAAAUCCGUCCGAGCGCACGAUAAUGUUCGGCGUCACCCACAACUUGUCUCGAUCUUCUGCAGGUAUCGGGUUGUUUGAUUGGUUAAUGAUCCCCGCUGAGGUUAUUGACGACUGGCGGGUACUGAAUAGAGUCAAUCUGUACGAGGUUAUUCGCCCAAGAAUUCAUCAUGAGGGAAAGAACAACAUUGAAGUUGAUGAGGAGGACUACAAGCCGUGA